AUGGUGCGGUAUCUGGGAGAUCUUGGGGCUGACUUUGUGGUCUUUAAGAACGACGAGAAGACCGUGGAAGAGAUUCGCGCGAUGAACCCGGCGGGGGUCUUGGUGUCUCCGGGGCCAGGCCGGCCAGUGGACUCGGGCAUCUCUCUGCAGGCAGUGAAGGAGCUGGGGCCGGACUUCCCCCUGUUUGGCGUAUGCAUGGGGCAUCAGUGCAUCGGCGAGGCGUUUGGAGGUGACGUGGUGCGGGCACCCACUGGCGUGAUGCACGGGAAAACUUCGCCUGUCUUCCACACCAACGCGGGCAUCCUGGAGGGCUUGGAAAACCCUUUUGAGGCAGGGCGGUACCACAGCCUUGUGAUUGACAAGGCGAAGUGCCCCGAUGACCUGGAGGUCACCGCCUGGACUGAGGACGGCACCAUCAUGGGCGUGCGGCACAAGCGCUACCCUCACAUCCAAGGGGUGCAGUUUCACCCGGAGUCCAUCAUCACGGCGGGCGGGAAGCGGAUCGUGGAGAACUGGGUCAAGAUCACGCGCGGGGAGCUGGCGCCGACUAUUUGA